AUCCUCCAGAGCGACCGAGACCCGCGGACAGCCAGAGACCAACCAAAGGACGCGGGGACUGGUCCCCGCCGCCGCCACGGGGCGCUCCCUCUCUCCCGCCUGAGUCCGGCCCCCUGGUCUUCCACUCGGCCCCGGCCACCUCAGACUGAACAAAAAUGAAACCAGGAAGCUUUUGGCUGCAUUUCACACUUCUUGGGGUCUCCCUGCCGGCUGCACUGGGAUGGUUGGACCCAGGGACCAGCAGAAACCUGAAUGUGGCUGUGAGGGAGUCGCAGGUGGAGGAAUCAAGAAGCUUUGAAGUCACAAGAAGAGAAGGGCUCUCCAGCCACGGGCAACCAAACUCCUGUGGGAAGAAGCUGUGCAGCCGUGGGAGCCAGUGUGUGCUCAGCAGGUCGACAGGGCAGCCCGAGUGCCAGUGCCUGAAGGCCUGCAGGCCCAGCUACGUGCCAGUGUGCGGCUCCGAUGGCGUUCUCUACGAGAACCACUGUGAGCUCCACCGUGCCGCCUGCCUGCUAGGCAAGAAGGUCUUCGUCGUCCACAGCAAGGACUGUUUCCUCAAAGGUGACACGUGCACCAUGGCUGGCUAUGCCCGCCUGAAGAAUGUCCUUCUGGCGCUCCAGACUAGCCAGCAGUCACUCCAAGAAGGGGAUAACAGACAAGACCCUGCUUCCCAAAAGCGUCUCCUGGUGGAAUCUCUGUUUAAGGACUUGGAUGCUGAUGGCAACGGCCACCUCAGCAGCUCUGAACUGGCUCAGCACAUGUUGAAGGAGCAGGACCUGGAAGGGGACUUUCUGGGGUGCACGCCAGGAGACCUCCUCCGAUUCGACGACUACAACAGUGACAACUCCCUGACCCUACACGAGUUCUACACGGCCUUCCAAGUGGUUCAGCUCAGCCUCGCCCCAGAGGACAAAGUCAGUGUGACCACAGUGACGGUGGGACUGAGCACAGUGCUGACCUGUGCUAUCCGUGGAGACCUGAGGCCACCAAUUGUCUGGAAGCGCAACGGGCUCACCCUAAACUUUCUGGACUUGGAAGACAUCAAUGACUUCGGAGAGGAUGACUCCCUGUACAUCACCAAGGUGACCACCAUCCACAUGGGCAAUUACACCUGCCAUGCCUUGGGCCACGAGCAGCUGUUCCAGACCCACGUCCUGCAGGUGAAUGUGCCACCUGUCAUCCGCGUCUAUCCAGAGACUCAGGCACAGGAGCCCGGGGUGGCAGCCAGCCUGAGAUGCCACGCUGAGGGCAUUCCCAUGCCCAAAAUCACUUGGCUGAAAAAUGGCAUGGAUGUCUCAGCCCAGAUGUCUAAACAACUCUCACUUUUAGCCAAUGGGAGUGAGCUCCAUAUCGGCAGUGUUCGGUAUGAAGACACGGGUGCAUACACCUGCAUUGCCAAAAAUGAGGUGGGCGUGGAUGAAGAUAUCUCCUCACUCUUCAUUGAGGACUCAGCAAGGAAGACCUUGGCAAACAUUCUGUGGAGAGAGGAAGGACUCAGUGUGGGAAACAUGUUCUACGUCUUCUCUGAUGAUGGUAUCGUUGUCAUCCACCCAGUGGACUGUGAGAUCCAGAGGCACCUCAAGCCCACAGAGAAGAUUUUCAUGAGCUAUGAAGAAAUCUGUCCCCAAGGGGAAGGAGGUGCCACCCAGCCAUGCCAGUGGGCAUCUGCGGUCAACGUCAGGAAUCGGUACAUCUAUGUGGCCCAGCCAGCACUGAACAGAGUCCUCGUUGUCGACGUUCAAGCCCAGAAAAUCCUACAGUCCAUAGGUGUGGAUCCUCUGCCAGCUAAGCUGUCCUAUGACAAGUCACAUGACCAAGUGUGGGUCCUGAGCUGGGGGGACAGGCACAAGUCCCAACCAAGCCUCCAGGUGAUCACAGAAGCCAGUGCUGGCCAGGGCCAGCACCUCAUCCGAACAACCUUUGCAGGAGUGGAUGAUUUCUUCAUUCCUCCAACAAACCUCAUCAUCAACCACAUCAGGUUUGGCUUCAUCUUCAACAAAUCUGACCCUGCAGUUCACAAAGUAGACCUAGAGACACUGAUGCCCCUCAAGACCAUCAGCCUGCAGAGCCACGGCUGUGUGCCCCAGGCCAUGGCACACACCCACCUGGGCGGCUACUUCUUCGUCCAAUGCCAACAGGACACCCCCACCUCCACCGCCCCGCAGCUGCUCAUUGACAGCGUCACAGACUCUGUGCUGGGUCCCAACAGUGGCGUAACAGGCACCCCCCAUGUGUCUCCGGAUGGGCGCUUCAUUGUCAGCACCUCUGCCAAUAGCCCCAGGUUGCACGUGCAGGAGGUCACAAUGAGGGGAGAGAUCCAGACCCGGUAUGAUCUGAAAAUAAACCCGGGCAUCUCAGACUUGGUGUUCCAGCACUCCUUCACCGAAGGUAAUCAGUAUGACAUCUAUGCCACUCUGGAGACACAGCCCGACCUACUGUUCCUGGAACUGUCCACAGGGAAGAUGGGCAUGCUGAAGAACUUAAAGGAACCACCCACAGGGCCAGUCUGGCCCUGGGGAAGACCCCGCAGAGUCCUGAGGGACAGCGGGUUGUUUGGACAGUACCUCCUCACACCAUCCCAAGAGUCACUGUUCCUGAUCAACGGAAGACAAAACACACUGCGGUGUGAGGUGUCGGGCAUCAAGCGGGGAGCCACGGUGGUGUGGGUGGGCGAGGUAUGAAGGAGCCCAGCACAGAGCCCUGGGCCCCAGGGGCACCACCUAGUCCUGACACCGCAGCCCCAAGCAGGCGCGCUGUACAUUUUCACAGACAAAAGCAAAAUCCCGUAUCCGCUUUGUGGUUCAACACUGGUCUCCUUGCAAGUUUCCUAGUAUAAAGUAUGCGCUGCUACCAAGAUUGGGGUUUUUUCAUUAGGAAGUAUGAUUUACGCCUCGAGCCGCAACGAGAACACAUGCUGCUGUGUAAAGGAAUCAUUUCUGUACCAGGCUGCACGCUGCGUCACCUGGGGAUGCUGUGGAACCAAGAGAUCCUACUUUCCAGCCUGACACUUCUGUCAGUUGCCUUCACAUAGUCAUCAUCCUGUCCCGCCAGCCCCAGCCAGAUUUUUGCCCUGAACCGAGUGGCCUGAAAGCAGGGCUGAGCAGGAGCAGGGACUCUCCCUCCCGGAGUUCAAGGCCAUCUGUCCUUGCUUGGGACCUCGCUUUCUUCUUCACAGCUGCUUCUUGCUUUCCUUUCCAUCUGACUUGGCGUAAGCCUGAGGGAGAGCCAAUGAGACUUAUUACACCUUGGGGGAUGGGGAAAUCACUCUCUUUAUUUUGGAAAUUUUUGAUUAAAAAAAAUAAUUUUUUAUAAUCUCAAAUGCUAGUAAGCAGAAAGAUGCUCUAUGAGGUCCAGCUAUAUUCUUCCCUGCCUUAGGCCAUGUCUCUGGGGGUCACUCCUGAACAUUCCACAGCCAGAAGAACAACAGUCAUCCAAAUAUAAUGGCUCACUAUGCCAUUGCCACUCCUCCUGCCCCAAGUGCAGAUCAGGCCAUCAGGUUGGUAAAGACUCAGUCCUGUGUUGGGAACCCAGGAGACCAGGACAAGCCCUGCAUAACUGCUUUUCACCACGAAAGGGAGACAUUUCACUAGCCAGGCCUGGUACCCCAGAUUCUAGGCAGACUAGGCUUACCUGGCAAGGUGUACCCAGCCUCCAGGCCCAAUGCAGAAGCCCCGAGGACAUGAGGGCUGUCCCUCCAGGUUCCCAAUGGACAGGUUUCUUUUCUGCCCAAGACCCAGACACUCAGCUCUGGAACCCCAGCCUGAGUCAGCACUGCACAGAGGACAAUUUUCAGGAAGUGUUUUAUACACAUGUCACAAUCUACACACUCCAAAACUCAGAAUCUGAAGGCUGCAGGCAGACACCACCAUGUUUUUCCCAAAAGUCUCAGCCUAUGUAGGCAAUCAGGUGGGCAGCAAAGAAGAGGGCCCAACCAACUUUGGGGAGACCAACUGUGUCAGAGACACUCAGCAGGAAACAAUCUCCCUUAGCUUCUCAAAAUACCGAUUUCCUAGCUGGGCACAGUCAUCUCAGCAACUGUCAUCUCAGCAACUCUCAUGAGGCUGAGGAAGGAGUAUCUCAAGACUGGGUAACAUAGGGAGAUCCUGUUUCAAAACAAAAUUUUACCAGUGUCAGGGCACUUGCAUGGCAGGCAACGUGAGACCCUGGGUUCUACCUCCAAAAUGACAAAAAACAAUAAUAAUAAUUUUAAAACCCUGUCCCUCUCUCUCCCAUAUCAAUGGUCAAAAACUAUACAUGCUUUCUGGCUCGAUCAUUCUAUAAGCCCCAGGGGUUGGGAGAGGUGGCCCUGUCACAGACACCUCAGCUAUUUUAGCCACCUUCACCUGCCAGCAUAGCCAUGAUUUUGAAAAUAUCAUACGCCCAGCUCCUUUCACUCCCUUCUGAUUGCCCAGCCCACCUGGCUCUCCCCAAUUUUCUGACACCAGCCCCUUCUCUCCCGCAUCUCCAAUCUCUUGGUCCACCAAAAACCUGUCGCCCACAACUCCCAGGAGUGUGCCUACAUGUAUGUGUAUGUUCAUGUUUUAGAUGUUUUUUAAGGUAAGACAUGUAAGAAUAGGUGGUGGAAACUGACCUCCAAAGUCUAAUGUUGAGUUUCACAGUAGCUGGGAUAGAUGGUAACCUCGCCCUGUCGUUGUUUUGUUCCUGCCUCAUAUCUUGAUAGAAUUACUCUUAAAUUCCCAUGUGUAUCUCUGAAAUUCUCCAGUGUACAUGAACUUUGCCUUUUAGUAAAAUAGCGUCAGCCCUGGCCAAAGAGUCUCUGAGCUCAAAGGAAGAAAAGAACUCCCAAGUACCAGGCCAGAACAUCAGCCUCUCUGGGUCACAGAAUUCCUAAGUAAAAGAGCAAUCCAAUCCAACUGGUAAGUUGGGAGCGCCAGAAUUGACUUCUGUCCAUCCACUCCUUUGUCACUAUUCCUCUGUCUCUGAAUGUCCCUGGAAGGCACACCUGCCUUCCACUGUCCUUACAGUGAAGCUACUGGAGAUGACCAGCAUGCAGAACACAGUUGAAUCAGAGCAAGAACUCACAGGCCUGAAACCCAGAAUGGAGCUUCGGCAGCCCAGUCCCAGGAAGCAAAGUCACAAAGGCAAAAAGACAAAUGUCUUUGCAGCACUGAAAUCAAUAGAUCUGCUCAGGUGGGAAGCAGGAGCAUAACAGGCCAGACCUGCCUCAUGCACUUCAGUCACAGAAGCAGCUCAGGAGCAGUUUCAAACCCAUUGGCACAGAAGGUACCAACAUGACAGGUGGGCCUCCUGUAACAAAGCCAGCAAGUGAUCUGAUGAGCAAAAAGAUUAACAACUAAUAGUUUGCCUCAUGAAAGAAGGAUUGAUUUACCAAAAGAAUCAUCAGAAGAUGCUAUCUAUAUAAACUCCAUCAGUAAUUUUGAAAUACAGUUAAUUUCACAUAAAUUUGACAGUUCUCCCCACCACCACCAGAAUAAUAAACUCAAAUAACGUGAACUUGUGGUGACAUGAAGCUUUGAAAGGGAGGCUCUUGUUCUCCUUCUGCCCAAGUGAAAGUUCCAGAUCCAAAAAACCCACCCAACCACCUCCAAAAUGCAUGGUAGAAAGAAAGACUUUCCCAUGAAUGCUUUGCACAGGCAAACCUAAGAGUUGGCCACCCCCAAUGUGGCCAAGGCCAACAACCCAGCUUCAGCAACACUGACCUUGCCAGCUCUACCUGGGGCUGGCCCAGAGAGAUUUCUUCAGUCCCCAAGUCAUGCAAGUGACCUGCUACCUCCCCCAAGACCCAGAAAGAAGUUGGAAGAGCCCUGUAAGUUCUAGCCUGGAGACGACUACAAAUAUCAAGCUCCAGGUACUUUGACCCAGAGAUAGCAUCAUUAGAGAUGGAAGCUCAAUCUCUGCAUAUCCCACCCCAACCCAAACUUCUCCUCAUAGCUCUGCUCAUGUGUGCAGUAAAGGGCUCCCAGCUCCAAGUAGAUGCCCUGGAAGAUGGCUUACAACCCAGUUAAAGCCAAGAAUGUCCUGCCACCAUGGAGCACUAUAACUGCUGAGUCUUCAUUUAGAAAAGCAACCUGGAGUUGGCUUUGUACAGACACAUCUUGUUUUCUGUUGACCAAUAACCUGUGAACUAAAGGAGAUUUCAGAACUGAGAUGUGAAAUAGAUUCAUUCUGGAUAUAUUUUUCUACAAGGGGCUUAAAAGUGUAGUUAAUUCAUUGUUCACAAUGUGUUUCAUUCAAAUACCACGAAUGCUGAACCCUUUUUACUAGCAAACCCUACAACUCACUCUAACCCUCCUCUUUGGAAGCAAGCCUCCAGGAGAGUUGACCCUGCUUCCCCCUCCCUCCUAUGCAUCCACCAAUCUACCUCACAUUCUCCUCCCCUGCACCCAGCACCACCAGAAUGCUGCCCCAUGCCAGGAGGCCAGUGACAUAAGAUGACUGCAGGGCUGACAUGGACAUCCUUUACUAGCCUACUCCACCCAGGAACAUCAAUCCCAGUCCAACAGCAAUCAGAACCCACUGGAACGCAGCCCUUUGCUGCCCAGAAUCAUACCCUAAACCCUAGCUCACAGAGAAGAACCCUGCAUGAAGGAUCUGGAUUCAAGACAAGAGAAAAGUCGCUCCAAACUAUCAGGAAGUAGGAUAUUGUCCUGCAGAAAAAGACCACAGUAUCUCAUCCAAACCUUAUCUUUUAGGGGCCCAAGUUCCCCAAACUUCCUGCACCCCCAAUUCAUUUUCUUUCUUUCCUGUUCCUUUCCUGCAACUUGGACCCCCUGUUCAUGAGCUAAUUCACAAUAGCUCCCACCAUUCAAGGAGCAACUGACCUUACUCCCACCCCAGCCCCUCCAGUGACCUUUACCCAUGAUGCUUUGGGGUUCAAGUGAGAAGUCACUCAAAGACCAGAUGCUAUGAUUUGCCAUCAGAUUGGCAUGUAGACAAAGCAGUUUUGAUCAAGAAAGUUACUAACUGCCUUGGUUUCUCUCCAGAAUCAUAGAGAUUAUAAAACAAAGAUACUUAAAAUAUUCAAAGGGGGAAAAAUACAGUGCCUAACCUCGGUGUGUGACUAAAAGACGCCAGUAGCUGAUGGAAUUCAACUCACUUCCUGCUUUUGUCUACACCAGAUUAACAAUAAGUACUUGAGGAUUUGAGCAUAUUAUCUGGGCCUGCAGGUUUUAGACUUCAGCCACCUAGCACACACUGGGGCAAAGAGAAAGCAUUGUCUGAUGCCUCUAUAUCCUCCUUUAGAGCUGUGGGCAGCCAGUGGGGAAGACUAAUUUAACCAAAUACAAUGUGUGAAAUUAUGGAAAAUGAGAGAGUGGAGAUUAGCUUCCAAAAUUCAUAGCAAGGCUUCCUUAGCCAGCACCAGAGUUUUUUGCAUGUUUUUGUAUUUUUACAUAAAGUCACAAUUCAUACACCCUUCUUUGCAAGCUCACCUUGAUGGAUAUGAGAACCAUCCCUUUUCCAUGUGGCCCCAGAGAGUUUGGGCCCUGCCCUCGAGGGCUCUGGAGAACUCAGCCUACACUCCACAAAGCAAUAACUAUGGACUGGCCCCUGCACCAAGUCUGGUAAUACGUGGUAAUACUCUCCACACGUCACCAUGACAGGAUCAGAAAACGCUGCCCUUUGGAGGUACCCCCUUCAAGAUCAGAGAAAGGACAAAUAGCAUUGGCUGCUUGUAAGGCCCAAGCACUCCAAAAUGAAAAAAAAAAAAGAAAUGUCCUAACUCUAGAUCUACAUCCACUGCCCAGCAUGGCGUCUGCCAGAGGUGGAAGAGCUACCAGUUCCUUGCUACUUCAGCUACUUCUGAGAGGCAAGGGAAACAGGCCUGCAGCCUGCCCCAGACCCACGGCAUUCAGUGGGGGGCCGAGACCCUGGACCCUGCCCUCUCACACCACCAGCUGGCUUCGGGGCUGGCCACCCACUCUCACACCCUGCCCCGGCCCCAUUGCUUCCUACCUUCCUGCUGCUGCCUGUGCUCUCUGAAGGUCACGUGAGAUGAUCAAAAGCAGAACUGGGCAUGGAGUUUUGUUGGAGUGGUCGCACACACCAUUUCAUGCUCUCACAUCACUGAAUGACCCUCAGGAUGUGAAGCCACACACCAUUUGUCCCAUUAAGAUUCUCAUCCUUCCCCACCUCAGAAAACUUUCAGAUCUCUUAUGUCAAGGCAGGUUACAUUAUUUUGAGCAGUUGUGUAGACUCCAAAAUAUAUUUUCUGUAAUCACCACUAUUUCUCAAAAGGCCUCCUGUAAUUAUUAUACAUGUGAAUUUUUCCUUAUUUAUAAAAUAUAUAUAAAUUAUUUUUAAUACAUCAACUUUAGUAGAAAUUUGUACCAACACAGUAACAGUAUGUGGCAUUUGAAAUAAGUUUGUGUUUACUUUGACGUAUGACACGGUAUUGAACACAUGAUGUAUUUGCAGUACCACUUGAUAAAAAGAUG